AAAACAUAUACAACUCCAGUGAAACAUCAACCACUGCUCCUCUCGCCUUCUCUCUCUCUCUCUCUCUUUCGAUGAAGAUGAUGAUGGAACUCACGAUGCCGGCAACCAGCAGGGUUGGGCUAUGGCGCUAUGCCACUUCAGGACAUUUGAUGUUCAAUGGAGCAACACAUCUAAGGCAGUUGAAUUCUUUUAGUUUAUCCUGUUGGUCAAUAAAGUCCAGACAACAAGUUGUUCUAAAGAAAAACAAUAAACAGAUUCAAUGUUGUCAGAAACAAGAAGCUCAUGUGGUAGAAGGAAGGUGUAUUGAAGAAGUAUAUGAUGAUUUGAGUGAACGCCUUCUCCUUACUGUCACAGGUCUGCAGGAUCCCACUUCAAAGUACCUUGUAGGUCUGGCUGGUCCUCCUGGAUCUGGUAAAACUACCCUGUCAUCUGAAGUAGUUGGCCGUCUCAACAAGCUUUGGAUUCCAAAAACUUUGGAACCAGAUUCACUUGUACAGCCUGAUGAUAUUGCCACUGUACUUCCCAUGGAUGGCUUCCACCUCUAUCGAUCUCAGCUAGAUGCUAUGGAGAAUCCAGAGGAAGCACAUGCAAGGAGAGGAGCUCCAUGGACUUUCAACCCUGAUCUUUUGUUGAAAUGUCUACAAACACUAAGAAGCAAGGGAUCAGUUCAUGCUCCGUCAUUUGAUCAUGGUGUUGGUGAUCCAGUAGAGGAUGAUAUAUCUAUAUCCAUUCAUCACAAAUUAGUUAUCGUAGAAGGAAACUACUUGUUUUUGGAAGAAGGAAUUUGGAAAGAGAUUGCAUCUAUAUUCAAUGAGAAAUGGUUCAUUGAUAUUGACCUUGAUACUUCCAUGCAACGGGUACUCAGAAGGCAUAUAUCCACUGGGAAGAAGCCAGAUGUUGCGAAAUGGCGGAUCGAGUACAAUGACCGGCCAAAUGCAGAGCUCAUCAUGCAAUCAAAGAAGAAUGCGGAUCUUGUAAUAAAGUCAGUAGACUUCCAAAGCUGAUCGAGGCACGUAUCAUUUGAGAAGAAAUAAAGGAAUAAACAUAGCGAGGGCAAUAAUUUUUAUUCUCUGAGGAGAUUGAUUGGAAACAAGCUUGCUCUUGUGGCCAACUUGUCUAAAAGCAUCUGCAGCAGAUUUAGUUAUUUUUAUUCUCUGAGGGGAUUUUUUUGUUGGCUCAUUUGUUGAUUUGUUGAUUUCUGAGUUAUUUCUUGUAUAAAGUAUGGCAACAUCAAGUUUUGAUAUGUACAGACAUUGAUUCAAUUUAAUAAUAUCAUUUAUUUCGAGUUA